CUCAUUAAAAGUCGCGAACUGUUAACAACAUAUUAAGUGUGUGUUUUUUGUAGACGAAUAAUCGCUUAACAACAUUAUCACUAACGACAACUAGUUUUUCAAGAUUCUCUCUUUCACAUUGCUUAACAAAUAAUAAGAAAUAUGAAGAGAACGUGCUUAGUCAUUGUGAUUGUCAUGCUUGGGACUCUUUGCUGCAAUUACGCAAAGGCGUCACCAAAUGUCGAAGGCCAAACAGUCCUCAACAGCAACAUUGACACAAGAAGUCAAGUUUGUGAGCCACAAAGUACAAAAAUGCAGGAUUGUAAUCGCUGUAGGUGUUCAGCAAAUGGUCUCGGAUGGAUGUGUACGAAAAAAGCAUGUCCAAAAUUCAUAAAAACAAUUCCACCAAAUGGACCGGGUUUUAUUUGUACUCCAAAUAAAGUAUUUAGAUAUGAAUGUAGCACAUGUACAUGUAAUGAACAUGGCAAUCAUGCUGAUUGUAUUGAGUUAGGUUGCGACGACCGUACAUCCUAUACACUGCAACGUAAAUCACAGCCAGUUCUCUUACCUGUGGAUACAACAACAAAAGCACCAACAACAACAGCAGCAUCAAGAACACAAAGACCAGAUGAAUGCACUCCCGGAUCAAGAUGGCAACAGGAUUGUAAUUGGUGCUAUUGCACAUCAACUGGCAUUGCUGCAUGCACAUUGAGAGGAUGCUUAGGAAAAAUAAAUUUACCAGCACCAGCGAUUAAUCAUUCGUUGAGGAAGCGACAGACAAUAAAUCAAUAUCAACCGACUUCUGGUGGGGAAACAAUUUACAAGCUCGAAGACUUACAGAAUCCAAAUUUUACAUGCACUCCAUCACUUUCAUUUAAGGUUGAUUGUAACACAUGUUGGUGUGCUGCUGAUGGUAAACGUCCACGCUAUUGUACAAGAAUUGCAUGCAAUCCAAGACCAGCAUCACAGCCAAUCGAUGCUUCAACAAAGAGAUCUGAUAUUCCAACGGCAAUCAUAUUCCCACAGUGAGUCGAUGCUGCUGCUUCGUAGAAUAAGAAGAAACUUUGUUUUCUGUUUACUGUUACCUAAUAAAAAAUUAUG